AUGCAGGAAAUUACAAGCAGAGGCUCGAGAAAAGGACCUUCCGGUCGCAACUUUUGGAACUCACGAGGACGAGGCCGAAAAUCCAACACUUGGCGGGAGGCACAAGGCGAUGGUGAUGCUGUAACGAGUGUCACGAGCGACCCGAUCAAGGUUGACAAGGCCAACGAUGAAUGGACACCGAACCCGAAUAUUUCUCCAUUGCGGCAACCUCAGCCAGUCCAACAACAACCUGACGCGCAAGCUGUGGAUUCAGAGUUUGAGUCAACUGAAGGAGUGCUCGCCAAUAACGAUCAAAGUCGAAAGCGGUCCGCUGACGACGAAAGGACACAAGCAGGCACUCAACUCGCGUACCAUGAAAUGCGACGCAACGAAAAGUUGAAUCACCGACGUCAUUACACAACCGAGGGCUGGAACGUCAAGAUUGUCUGCAACUCAGUCGAGUGGUACCUCCACAAAUAUAUCCUGCGAAAGUGCCAUUACUUCUCAGCUUUUCUUCCCGUUUCGGAGCUGGACGACGGCUCGGUGAGCGUGAUAGAGCUGCACAAUCAUUGUGCGGGCCAGCUAGCCAACGUUCUUCGAUUCAUGUACUUUUUUGAAUACCCCGGCGCCGAAUACGAUCCCCGCCAACCACUCUAUGCGGAUAGUCUCCUUACCAACACGGCCAUGUACGUGGCUGGUGCGUCAGUCGGUCACCGGGGAAUGAUGCAGUACGCCAAAAAGCACAUUAUAAAGUGGUCCAAUGCGGUUCUUCCGGGCUCAACGUCGAUGGACGAGUCAGAUGGAGAUAACCGCAUGUCCGCUUCCAUACCCAGCCGGUCGGAGUCGCCUUUGGGAUUGGCUGUUCGAAGCUCAGGCCAGAUGGACUACGCCAUCCUACGCCUGGCUGACCCGCUACUCCGCUCGCUGACAAUUGUCUACGAGCAGCCUCUGACAGUCCGCGCAGGCCACCUGUAUAACCUCCGCUUAGUCCUCGUUCGCUUUGUUGCGGCUGCUUUGUCGUUUCUCGCCAUUAACGAAGCGUUCCGGGCGCACUUUCGAAACGAAUGGGAGCGGCCACUGUCCCUGCCACCAUCAGACGAUCGGCCCCAGGGAAGGACGGUCAUCGACGACAUCGUUGCGGAUUAUGCCAUGUUUUCUGAUCUAGGCCGGAUCGGUUGGCAGAAAGUCACCCUAGGAGGUGGUGUGACUGCCCACGUGAAGAAACGAUGGCAGCCUUCUCUGCCUCGAACGUUUGCCCUCCUCAAGAGGCUAUCUAGGAAUGAGAGAUCGUGGACGAACAAUGGCCUAGGCUCCUACAAGGAUAACGUUGAUGACGAUGACGACGAUAACGAUGGCGACGAUAGCAACGACGACAGUAAGCCGGAAGAGCAGACCGUUAUGCCUGAAACGGAUACAAAAGCAGAGUCUGGAUCCGAACUGUGGUGCGAGUCCGAGGCCCUUCAAAAAGGCCAGGAAAAGUACUUGGAGGCGAGUGUGCUAGACCACGAAAAAACCAUGCAAGAGCUCUUACAGGGGCUCGACAGUCUUCUGGCAAGUGAAAUGUUCACAUCAUGA